UAGAUACGGAAGCCUGUUAAGCGGAAGCUUCCAUUUUGUCCAGAUCCGUUUGAACCAUCUGAACAUUUGGUGCUGCUGCUUACAAGUGUCGCGCUACGGAGCACGGAUUUCAGAAGAGAAAUGGUUAUUUUGUUUGUCUCCCUGUUGUUUUUCCCGACAACAAUAUUAACGCAACACUCAGAUACUGUGGUCGGCUGUGGUGGCUUUAUAAGAUGGAAAGAAGCUCAUCCCGAUUCUGUACUUGAUUUCAGAAAGCUGAAAAUAAGUCUGUUCUCAGAAACUACUAGCACAUUAAAAGAUGUAACCGAUGUUCUCCCUAACGGAGCUUAUUCCGUUCCGUUAUAUGAUGAGGGCGUUUACAGGAUUAGGUUAACUACUCCUAAAGGCUGGCAUAUUGAACCGUCUGAUGGCUACCUUUUGGACCUGGAGAAAGAUCCGAGGGCUUGUUUCAAAGAUUUUGACUUCAGCAUAGUUGGAUUCUCAAUUUUCGGGCAGGUAACUACUUCUGGAAUGAAGACCGGGCCACCUGGUUUAUCAGUUCGAUUAACUGACCCUACCUCUCACAAACCAAUGCUUCAUAAUUUUACACAGAAUCAAGGUCAUUUCAUGAUAUCUCCUGUGACUCCUGGUAACUAUUUAUUGACCGUCAGCAAUCAAGAUCGUAGUGAUAAAGAUCAUACAAGAGCAUCUAUCAAUAUUAAAGUCCAGUCUGAUAGUAUCAACUUGCCAGAACCAAUCAUUUUACUUGGUCAUUUUCUCCGUGGACGUGUGACAGACUUCAAUAAAAAUCCUUUGGUCGAUGCAAAAGUUUUCCUGUUAUGUGAUAAAGAUAAGACAUUAUCGAAAUCCUCUACCACUCUAGACAAGUCAGUAUAUUCGCAUAUAGUCGAAGCACUUGGUGAAAUGCAUUAUAAAUUUUUAACAAUACAAGAGUCUUCAACAGACUCAGAUGGCUAUUUUACGUUUGAUCGUCUACCGGGCGGCAGUUAUCUUCUUGUACCCUUAUAUACGCCUAAGAAGUCCGGGGUCGUUUUUUCAUUUACUCCGAAAUUCCUCCCGGUAGCAAUGGAGCACACAGAUGUGGAUCUUGGGCCUGAUACGUUUACAUUGCAAAGCUUCAAACUUAAUCCAGGACGUAUCACGUGGCCGAACGGUGUUCCGAUAUCAUCAGCUAAGAUUACAAUUACUACUAAUACAUCACAACAAUCUGUAUUAACAGAUGGUAAUGGAUUUUAUCAACUGAAUCACGUAAUUGCAGGGGACUAUAAAUUUCAGGUCGAAGUAGAAAACGCUUUCUUUGAAACUUAUUCAGUAAAUCUAAAUCAUUUACUAGAAUCUCUUCCCAACUUAGUUCCUGACAAGGUUUCUGUAUGUGGAAACUUAAUCCCAGCUGAUACAUCAUCAGAUUUAAAACUUAAAGUAUACAUCGUUGUUCGUAGUGUUGACAACAGUUCUGAAAUCAAUCGAGUUGAAACAAAUCUAGAAGAUGGGAUAUUUAAAUUCUGUGCUUUUCUUAAUCCCGAACGUUAUUCAUUGCAUCCAGAUGUUUCACUGUUUGGAGUAAAUCAACAUUCUGAUAAAAUACUACGAUUCACUCCUUCAGAAAUAAUGGUUGAUAUAACUGGUUCUCCUGUAGUCAAUGUAACAUUUUCUCAGUUUCGUGCUAAAUUGUUUGGGAGAAUUAAUUGUUUACUUCCAUGCUCUUAUUACAAGACACCGGUUUAUGCUCAACUGACUUCACUUCACUCAAAUACAAUUCAGCCAAAACUAUAUGAAUUUAUACCUAGUAAAACUGACUUGCAUGUAGCUUUUUUCAAAGCUGAAGAGAUGCUUCCAGGUGAUUAUGCUAUUCAGGUUGUUUUCUAUACGGGCUCUUCACUUACUACAAUAGACAGUUGGUGUUGGGAUCACCAUGAAAAGACAGAUGGUGGGGAAUUUCAACCGAUUGAAUCUUCCAAGAGAAUUCUUCAUAUACGUUCUGAUGAUUUACAUUAUGAUAAUGAAUCAGCUCUUGAUUUUCGUCAAACCGGGUUUCUUAUCCCAGUACAAUUUGAAUUACCGAAUUAUGUUACAAGAGUGCCUACUGUGCUUUUGUUUGCUUCAAAUUAUUUCAAGGAAAAUAAUACGACAGUUAAAAGUUCCAUAGUAUGGAAUUUAACUAAAACAUGUAACAGAAUUUGUCUACCUUCACCUGAAAAAGUUUAUAAAAUUAGCUUAUCUAGCACAUGCACUCGAGUCAGACUAUUACAAGCCACUGAAAUAAAUCCAUCAAAAGAUUGUCACCUUACACUGAAUUCUAGUGCUAGGAUCCGCAUCGGCGUAGAAGAACUGCCUGUUGUUAUUCAUCUAAAACUCGAUGAAGUGGCCUCAAGAUUUUUCGAUGAUCUCAAGGAAGUUUUCGAUUCUCCUUAUUCAUUCCAAAUAGAAGAUUUUACUUCCAAUACAUCUGUAACACCUCGAUCAAAACUAGUUGAAACAUAUUGGUCUAAAUCAUCUCAAAACAUCGAGUCAGUAUCUGCAACAGGAGUGUUCUGGCUUAAUAUCAGAAACACAAUUCGCGUUACUCCUAAAUCACUGAAUUUAAAGCAAAAUCAUAUGGUUCAUUUGAUAACAUAUCCGUCUAGUCAAGAUAUUAAUCUUCAAUCCGACUCUGAACAACAACAAAAACAAAUUGAUGAUAUUUCAUGUAGUUUGACUAUCCCUAUAGUUAACCCCUCUAAAUCUACUGUAAAUGAUGUACAUUCAUUAUGUUUAUCACUUUUUGUUGGACAAAAUAUUGAAUUCAGCCUCACGAUCUCUGUCAAUCUUAGAGGUCGUAUCGAUCCGCCUACUGAGAGGGUUAAUAUUGAAUUAUUCAAGAAAUUGCCCCGAAUGUCAGAAAAGUCUCCAACUUCUGUCGAACACGAUCAUCUCUUACUACCUGUGAAUAGUGAAUCCGAAUUGGUAACUAAAACAGAAAAAGAAACUAACUCAUCUGAACCAAUUGCAGUCACUCAGUCGGAUAGUCAAGGUUUAUUCUCUUUUAAUGCUCUACCUUUAACAGAUUACGAAGUAUUCAAUAUUAAAUCUAUAUUUGAGGUUUCUAAAAUGUAUCAGAUUUUAUUAUCUAAAGCUGGUUACAAGUUCGAUAUCAUUAAUAAAACAGAUGUAAAACACCAAUUGACAGGUUUCGACUGGUAUGUAAAAUCAACUAGACUUUCUCUUGUUGAAGUGUUUGUCUAUAACUAUCCUGUUUCAGAGGAUUCACGUCAACCAUUACCAGCUGUAUUGAUUUCCAUUAUUGGAGAAGGACAUCGUGCAAAUCAUUUAACAAAUGAUGAAGGCGUUGUACGCUUUGUCGGUCUAUCUCCUGGACAGUAUUAUGUACGUCCAAUGAUGAAGGAGUAUUCAUUUACUGUUAAAUCUCCUGAUCAGUCUGAAUCUGGUCAAGCUAUUCCUGUGCAGGUAGAAGAAGGAAAAUCGGCUGUCAUCAUAUUGUCUGCACUUCGAAUUGCUUUUUCCGCUUCAGGAGUUGUUACUUCGUUAGCUGGUAUCCCUGAGUCUGGUGUUUUAGUUGAAGCUUCCUGGUUACCUGGAACACAAAAUACUAUACAUAACGAUUUGUUGCACUUAAAAUCAAAUAGCAACAUGACGUGUCAACUUCGAUAUGAUCAAAUUAAUAUUAUUCCACGGGAACAAUCUGUAACGGAUUCAAAUGGCAAUUUUCGUAUUAGAGGUCUUAUGCCAGGUUGUGUAUACAGGAUCUCUGUACAUAUAAAUCCUAAUAUUUUAUCAAAUCUUAUAUUGGAUCAAGUGACAAAGGAAUCAAGUAAACUAUCUUCUCGCAAUGAUGUUGAACAUGCAGUUCCUGAUCAUGUAAAUUUGCAGAUGCUAACCACUGACACAAAUGGACUACAUUUCUACAUAAUUCGUCACCUUUGUACUUCUUUGAUUACUGUUAAUGUCCAAACUCCUGAUAUUUACCUGCCUACUUUACGAUUAAUCGUAUUUCCUGUUGGUCAUCCAGAAAAUAUUGUUGCUAAACAUGACUUCGGUAUAGAUUCUUCAUUAUUCAGUUUGUCCGGAUCAAAACUUAUUCCAAUGAUUGGACGAGAACAUGUGAUACGUUUAAUAUCAGAUCUUGAACCUAAGUUUUAUAUCAAUGCUAAUGUACAGAAUAUUAUUGUCAAACCAAAAUGGAAUGUUAGUGAACAUUUUAAUUUUCAAUUCCAUCCUAAACUACGUACUACACUUAGUGAUUAGGUAUGUAUUGUUAUUCAUAGUUUGAUUGUCUAUUUUUUUUUAAAUGAAUAUUUAGAAGGAUAUUACUUCAUCUAAAAUUUAUUCUUUUUAUUUCUCUUUAUUUGUCUUUGAAUGUAAUAACUGAAGAAAUAUGUAUAUCAUACUAUCAUUAAUAAUCUUUUAUUCAAUUCCUCUGGAUAAAAAGAAAUUCUAAAGUACAAUCAUGUUCAGUGUUUUAGGAAUUAUUUCUGUUAAGAUAUGACGUUGUAUGUGAUUAGUACAUCUCAUUGAAUAAUGUGUUUUAAAAAAUUUUUAUAACUCUUUCUUCAACAUAAAGCAUUAGACAUGUUCUACAAUAUUUGUUUCACAUUUUCUUAAAUCUAUUAUACGUCUCAAUCGAUACAAAUAAAAGUUGUAGUGAACUGCACAUAAUGUUUGUUGUUGUUGAUCGACGGUUUUCAUCUAUAGUUUUCGAUACUGGGUCUUUCUUAGUAAUACACAGCUACUUAAUUAGUGACAGAUAUAAAGAAUGAAGUUAGUGUCAUUCAACCACUAAACAAUCCUCCGGUUUGUAUGUUUCUUUUUCAAGGGAAAUAUAUUAAAAUACCCAUGAAAUCUUUUUUGAAAGCUUAAAGCAUUACACAACAGAUCAUGUUUCUAAUACAUGGUUAUUACUGUUUAAAUCAUUGACAAAAUAAAAUACAUUUCCAACGAUCAAUGUUAGUUUUUUUUGUUUUUCAUUGCAAAUUUUAUGUUAUUUUCACGAUAUUUUAGGUUAAUAUCUUCAAUAAUGGAUUGUCUUACCCAUCUACUUGUCGAUUUAUGUCUAGUAUUUGUAUGUUUCUUACUUUGUGCUUAAUAAAUUGUUAUUUUUUUUCUGUAUAAUCUGGUAUUAUUUUCUUCCGACACAAUAUACGUGUGUACAAAUAUAUGAAACUUGUUUUAUUUUAUCAAAUAAUAAUUUAUAACUGUCUAGUUGUUCUUUAUUGUUGUAAAGUGUGUGCGGUAAAUAUACGCAUGUGUAUAGUUUUCUUGCGUUCAUUCAUUUUUUCUCCUUUUAACCUGAGUGAAUUAACUACUUGUGUUUUAUUGUUCAAGAUAUAUAUACUUAUCAAACAUAACUCCAUAGUCUAUCAUAUUCAUUAAAUUCGAAUAAUGGUAUGAUUGAAGCGGUUUAUCUGUUUUUUUGUGUGUGUGUUUUCUGAUUUCGUAAAAAUCAUAACUGACUUGAGUUAAAAAACCAUACGAAAAUGUGCUGAACGCGUAUAUUCAGACCGUGUAACAUACCAGAGAUUUAGUCGGUUACUUGUGUCGCUCGAUUGCAGAAUACUACUAUUCACAUACCCGAAGUAUUUAAAAUCUAACAUAUUUUUCAUAAACAAAAAAUCUGAAACUCAUCUUGUAUAAAUAGUAUAUUUUCAACAAGUGUUUGAUUCAAUUGUCUUUCUGAAACUACUUACUUCAUUUUCUCAGAUCGUAGGAUCACAUGGCAAGAAAUUAUUCGAAGGUAACGUUCUCCACAUAUUCUUGUGAUGUGAUUAUGCGAAUGAAGUUCUGAGUAGUCGAUAAAAAAGUCGCAAUGAUAUUAAUCCCCCUGCUGUGUAUUGUAACCAUUGAGUUCUUCGGUUUUCUCGCGACUUUAUUCCGAUAUUUUUAAUUUUCUCCUUAUGACACGACAGGGUACUCAAAAUAUGAGAUACAAAACUAAGUGAUAAUAUUCCAAAGAGACAAUUGUAAGAAGAAUUAUGAAGUUCAUUGAUGAAUGAGCAAAAUAAGGACUCCGUCCAACAACUUUAUUGAAGAAGACACAAGCAAGAUAGAUUUAUUUCAGUUCAGAUUGUUUGUCUAACUUAGGUAAAUUACCUAGUGACCCCAAUUGUUAGCCAUGUUUGAUAACGCUCAAGCUACUGAUUUGUAUAACCUUUAGGACUACAUCUGAUUACUUGUAAUGACUGCCUUUAAAACCUCAUUCUGGCUUUGGCACAUAACACGAUAAAAUGACGUACAUAAUCGAUUCCCAACUUCAUUGAGUGAUACCUGUUACACUGUCGUCAAUGCUUCCAGAUAACCAUUGUGCGACCAUAGAAUAACGUGAAUAUGAUUAUCAAUAAUAAGCAAAAUAAACCACUUUACGUGCUGCUCGUAAAAAUAUCCAGUUAGACCGCGAACAUACCCAUAGGAAUCUGAUUCUAAAUGCCACAAACAAACAUAUAGGUUGAAAAAUAAUAAAGGGCAGCUCAUCUUGAAUACCGAGUUGUUAUUUACUCUGAAGUAAACGAUAGAUUGAAUCGCUGAAAACAGUAGAUAUGAUGGUAGUCAAAAUCCUUGUUUCCGAUGCCCCCUCAGUGACAAUUUGUAUACAAACAAAAAGAUGUUAAAAAGUCACAUUCUAUCAAAAUUAGAUAAAAGUUGUAAAUUGCUUUAACCAAUUUCUAAGUUGGCGGUUUCAAUGAAUAAACAGCCGUUCCCAUACUAAAUGUUCCAAUCAUUUCAAAUGUGCAGAAAAGCAUUUUAUAUAUUGAGAAGCGCGAUGUAGUUCACAUAUGUUGGGAAUAGUAUAUCAUUCACUGUCACAUAAAUUUGAAGUUUUAACCCAAAGACAUCUCUACCACAAUGGACAUAUGUAAUAUUUUGUUGACUACAUAUAGCAAUUAUAAUUUAGUAAUGUAUCACAAAGAAAAAAGUGUUUACAUGUGACUCUUUAAAAUAUUUCUGCCAGGAGUAAUCAAUAAUUUUGACUAUCUUUAGAAAAGACUAACUUAUUCAUACAAUCAUAGUAUACAUUACUCUCAAUUUCAUUGAAUAGGUAAACACAACUAAUUAUGAAGUAAGCACCUCCAAUAUCACAAUACAUCAUUAUUGUAUUUAUUAUCAAUCAUUUCAAAUAAUAACCAAAGUGAUUACAAUCAUGACAAUCACAAAGAAUGAAAAACAAAUAAUUUCUCAUAGUCUCUCAUUGAUUACUCUGUAUAAAAAUAGAAUUAGGCAGCACACCACAAUGAAUCCAACUAAAUAUCAAUCGAUUCGAAUCGAUUGAUUUGCAAUUUCGUGAGUGAUGAAAUGCGGAUUAUUCAACACUGUGACGAAUUCGAUAAUUGCAACAGAAGAAAUAAAAGUACUAUUUCCCAACAUGUUAUGACGAGCUCGUAUCACAGAAUAAAAUCUACAUUAGUUGGAGUCCCACAAAACUGGUGAACUAAGUGUUACAAUUCGGUGAGUGGAAUAUGUGACACUACAUUCAUUCUACUGACAAUGAAAUAAUCAGGUGAGUUGUCUGAAAAGCAUUCUUGUGAGAAGACUUUAGGAAAGGAUGUUGGGAGUGUCUCAAUUCCUGAUUUCAAUUGAAUAGCUCAGUCACAUGUGGUACAUGUAAGUAACUUCCACACUUGAGUGACUUUCAAAUGUGAAAGUACUACAAUAGUGAAUAAAUAACCAAUUCGGCCUGCUUGAAUAUCUGGGCUACGUGUUCCUGCCAUCUGGAUAUUUUAACGAGUUAUCUGUUACCUCAUUCGUUUUAAUACAUUAUGCUUAUUAUUCGCAUAACCUAUUCAGUUGUGUUUGUGGAAAUUUUACAUUUCGAUAUACAAUUUACAAAAGAGCCCAAUCGGUGACAUCGUUUUUUCUGGCAAUAUUCAUGGAAAAGAAUAUACUUUAAUUAGAUGUCAAUUCCUGAAACACUAACAUUUAACUGGCGUCCACCUAAUGUUUAUCGCACGGUUCGAUUAAGAAAUAAUUAAAAGAAAACUAGUUGAAUUACUUUGUCCUGAGAAUUCUAUUUUGUACCAAAAAUAUAAUGUUAAAUAAAGUCAAUAAUUGACUGUUUCGAACACUAACUAAAUGAAUACAGCAUUACCGAAUAAUCUUCGAAUUUUGUCAUAAAAAUUUUCAUUGGAACAGAUUUGAAUCUCUAUCCUCUAACAUAUGAGCUUGACAAUACAAAGCUUUUCAUUUUGAGUAAUAUUGAAUCAUGUUUGUUUGGUGGAAAUUUUAUGCAGUCCUAGUGCAUUCUUCACCUAAAAUAUCAAUUUUUGUGCACUAGCUGUUCUCUUCCUGAUAUUCUUCAUUUCAAAGGCUUCUUUAAAAGAAAAUAUGAUAGUAGUGAUCAUUGGUGAACAUGUCUUUAAAGACCAUAUCAUCUAAGCAAAUUGAACCAUACUUGCUUCUGUUCUAUUUUUAAAUGCAAAUGGUGUUCUUUCCCAAACUAAACAAGUGAUGUAUGACGAGUAAAAUCCCUGGCAUUGAAAAAAUAACUGUAUUCGAACACUAAUAAUUAUCACUGAAUAGAUUCAUGCAAGCGAAUGUUCAAUCUCAGCCAAAAUAUAUUUGUAUUCAAAUAAUAUAUGCACUAAUUAUAGCAGCUUGAAGUUGUAGAUCACCAACGUAGAUGAUCUAUGUCGAAUGAUCAGAGGUCUACUCGAGUUAGAUGGGACUGGUGUGACGAACCAGCUAACUUCGAAUUCACACCCCGCGGUCAAUAUCUAACGUGGAUUACCCCUUCGACGUAUCAAAGUACUAUGGCUGCUUUGAAGACCGUAUAACACAAAGGACGUUAUUAUGGAAAUAUAUUAGUAAGAAUCAGUACAGAGACCACCACCGUAUGCACCAGUCCAUGACAUACGAUUAGCUGAUGUGCUUUGGUUAUCCUUGACGUGGAAUUGUGAUCUUUUUGAUAUUCAGUGACCCAACUGCCGAAUGAUUUGGCUAGGGCUCAGUGACAUUCCACUGGCCUUAAAACGUGUUUAAUCGAUUUGACUAGGCUUCAUAUAAUUGUCAUUUAGGAUCUGCAGUGAUAUAAUUAUGUUCGAAUAAUUAUUAUUACGGUGUCAGUUUCUUAGCUAUCUCAUAAAUAUGUCAUCCCAUCAUGAUAACAACUGGCAAGUUCUAACCUCUCAUGUACCUUUAAGAAUAUACAUUUCCGCCUCCGGAAAACAAAUUUUGUCUUGUAAUAUUGCAGUUAGGGCUUUGCGAAAAUAUUCAUUAGAAACCAUUUACCUGAAGUAAAUUAGUCAAAUAAUAAACUAAUAUUUCAUAAUGUUUUGAUUUAAGAUGUAACUACGAUUGUUAUACUUCCUUUUCAGAUAGUCAAGGGUUUCCUAUUAAAAUUUCUUACACUAAAUCUAUUUGAAAUGCAUCGAUGAGUUGUCAUAUCAAUAAAGUUAAUUGAAAUUCAACUAGUGGCUAAAAUAGAAUUUUAAGAAAAGUAAUACUGAAAUGAUUAUCAGUUUUAAAUGUAAUCCACUAAUAAUUAUCAAUGUUAAUGAAUUCUAGACUUACUUACUUACGCCUGUUACUCCUCGUGGAGGAGCAUAGGCCACCCGCCAGCAUUCUCCAUCCAAUCCUGUCCUGGGCAGUCCUUUCCAGCUCCUUUCAGUUGUUAUUUAUCUUUUUCAUAUCCGAUUCUAUUUCCCGACGUAAUGUGUUCUCAGGCCUUCCUCUUUUCCACUUCCCUCCACCAUUCCAAGUCAGGGCUUGCUUCGUGAUGCAGUUUGAUGAUUUGCGUAAUGUAUGUCCUAUCUAUUUCCAUCGUCUUUUCCUAAUUUCUUCUUCAGCUGGAAGUUGGUUUCUUCUCUCCCACAGAAGGCUAUUUCUGAUGGUAUCCGGCCAAUGGAUGUUGAGUAUCUUGCGAAGACAGCUAUUUAUAAAUACUUGUACUUUCUUGAUGGUGGUUGUUGUAGUUCUCCAAGUUUCAGCUCCGUACAGCAGAACUGCCUUGACGUUCGUAUUGAAGAUUCUCACUUUGAUAUUGGUUGAGAGUUGUUUUGAGUACCAUAUAUUCUUCGACUGUAGGAAUGCAGCCCUUGCUUUGCCAUUCCUCGCCUUUACGUCUGCAUCUGAAUUAUCGCCUUCAAUGAAUGUGUACACAAAUUUUGAUUUAUCAUAAAAUAUUCUUAAAGAAAAUCACAUACUGAACAGUAUAAAUAAUGAAUAAAAUUUGAUUGCAUAAAAAUCUGUCAUUCAACUAAAUGUAUUAAACUGUAUACUUUUAUUUUUAAGACAAAUAGGCUUUCAAUGGUUAAGAUCAUGAGUCAGUUGAAACUAGAUCAUUGAAAUUACUACAAUCUUCACAAAAUCCAUCUGAUAUUAAACAAAUAGGCUUAUCGUAUAUUUCUUUUUAAAAUAAAAUAAUGUAAUCCUAUUACAAUAGUAAAAUUGAAA